UCAUUCAUUCUGUGCGAACCCACUAUCAUGGAAAAUUUCAUAUGCACUUCCAAAUUCCCCUCUGCAAAUACGGAAUGAUUGUGUUUCUUAGCAGUGCUUGCCAAGUUUGAGGAAACCCCAUUUGCUUCUAAAGAGGAAAUAACCCAUCAUUUGUGAAGAAUGGCGCUUCCAACGCCAUUACAGCUUCUUGAGCCACCCCAUAUUUCCAUGAAAAUGGCGUCUAAAGUCCCUUCUUCUGGUUUUCGCUUCAAGGGAUGGUCAGCUAAUUCUCGUUAUUUUCUAUCCACUUCUCUUGUAUUUCAACCCUUGUAUUUCCGACACCCUAGACAUGCUAUUCGAUCAUCCAUGAAUAUGGUUGCAAGCGAUUCUGGAGAUUCCAAAAAGAUAAAGUUAGAUCAGGCCAUUGGUGAAAUCCGAAAGGUUUGGGAAAGUUUUCCUGAGCCUAUAAAAAUCUUCCCAUGGAAGAAAGCUUUUGUUAAUUAUGUCCAACUUAUUGUGGGGAUAAUAUAUGGGGUAGCUAAAUUUCUGUGCAUACCAUUACUAGCAGUUUCAUCACUAAGCGAGAUGUCCUACUGUGCACACGAGCAGAAGAUGACCCUUAUACCCCUUCCCCUAUUGGCUGGGAUUUUUGUGGCAGGGGUACUGAAGGAAGCUUCAGUGGAAGUAUCCAAAGAUCUCCAGGAAGGAGAUUUUCCCUGGCAUCUAGUUGCUAUUGGAGCUUUUUUCACAUUGCUCAAGCUUCUUGGGCCAUACUAUCCUUAUUGGGGGCGUAUACUUAUUCCACAUUUUGCAAAUGGUGGGCUUUGGAGAACUCUUUGGUUUGUUCGUCUUUGGUACUCAAGUACCGAAGGCAAAACUAAAACCACCUCAGAGAUAUCUUGAGCUGGAAGUCAAUUUUGGAGAGAACUUUUAACUUCGUUUGUUUGGAAAAAGCUGUUGCAGUCUUCUUCUAGGAUAUGCUUUGGAUAUUAUCUCACUAGAAUCAGAUGAGGGGUAAGGCACUUUGAAAUUUGUCUAUUAUUUUGCACAUGUGGCAGUUUCUCUAAAUAUUUGUCAGAAUUUUGUGCCUGUGAGGAAGAAUUGGGUUCCAUUUACUUGUGUUAAAAAGAAUAUGGGACUUCAAGUGUUUCUGCGAUGAAGGUGACAUUUUUCAUGUUAAUAGUCUGCGAGUUUUUAUUUGGGAAAGCUCUGAGCUUUGUAGGUCCUCUGGGGUUGUGUUGUAUGGUUGAAUAACUGAGAGGUUCUUGUUUAAUUCUUGAAGAAAAUGGAUAUCUCUUUGCCCUUUUUUUAA